UGCCCUCUAGGAGCCCUUCUCUCAGGUUUACAUUCGCCACAGCUUACAGCUGCCGCCCCCUUAUCAUCGUUGCCCCCUUGCCGCCCGGUUGCUCGGUGCUCGGCGCCGCCGUCGAUUCACAAACACGAAUCGACAUUUCCGUGCUCGGUGCCGCCGUUUCCGUGCAACACAAAUCGUCGCUACCCCUUGUAGCCGUCGAUUCACAAACACAAACUCCGAUUGCUCGGUGCCGCCGUUGAUUCAGCUUAAAGGGGUUUAGUGGGUGAUAUUAUCAUCAUCUCUUUCUCCGCUGUCAAUACGACCGAUUCUUGUAGAUUUUGUCGGCCAUUGCACAAUGGGAUCGGGCCUCGUCAUUGGUGUCCUAGGAGUCAUGAUCCUGUCCCACGCAGCCUAUUCUACCAUCCAGUAUAGGUCUCUGCUCAAGAUCACCGAGGAGGAGUUUUCCGGGCCACCGAUGGGUGUGGUUGUUGAGUUGGUUUUAGGGUUGGUUUUCUGUAUGUGUGCGGCGCUGAUUGUUCCAACAAAAUUCCGAUCGAUUCUCCCCCACGCUGAUGAGAACAGGGUUGUCUCCUUACCAGAGAAUUUGGAUUUCAUGAUUUUCAACCACCGUGGAAAAGCGUUCCCUUUAGAUGUUGAGAUGAAGUUGAAAUGAAAAGAAGAGAAAACUAGUAUAGUAUUGUGGAAAUUCGUAGAUGAUUUUAAUAAGUAGUUGUGUUGCCCACAAGAAGGGUAAGGGGCUUGUGGAUUUAUUUAAAUGGUGUCAAUUACAUACAACUAGUUGUGCUCCCCACAAGGACAGUGAGGUGCUUGUGGGUUUAAAUGGACAUCAGAUCCAAGGAAUAGGUCUAGACAUUGUGGUUGUUCUGGCCAUGACAACUUUUAUGAAGUUCUGGUUCCAAUUUGUCAUCAUGAUCCACGGUAGCAACAACUCUUAUCUGACGUUGGGAAGGCUGUCUUGUUCUUUGGAUAAUUGUUAUUUUUCUUUAAAAUUGGAGCCACUCUACUCUUCGGAAUUUGGCUUCCCAUGUACCCCAAUUCCAGCUUUUUGAGAGAAUAGUAUGGUUUUUGCUGUGA